AUGUCAUUCGUUUACUUACUCAGCUACAUUAUCGGCGUCGGAAUGACUAAAUUCGAAAAGCCAGGACGACCUGAUGUUAAAGAUGACACUCGCAAAGACUACACCGAUAUGACUCUCGAAGCUAUGACCAAGGCAUUGACCGAUGCCAACGUCAACUUUGAUGAAGUUGAAACCGCCAUGACUGGUUGGGUAUCUGGUGAUUCCACUGCCGGCCAACGUGCUGUCUACCAAUUGGGUUUGACUCAAAUCCCAAUCAUCAACGUAAACAACAACUGUUCUACUGGUUCUACUGCUUUGUACCUUGCCCGUCAAGCCGUUGCCGGUGGUAUGGUCGAAUGUGCUUUGGCUGUCGGUUUCGAAAAGAUGAAGCCAGGACCACUCACUGGUGGUGGAUGGAACGACCGUACUUCUCCCUUGGACAAGUCAGUCGAAAUCAUGGCUGAAAUCAACGGAAUCGAAAAGGCUCCAAUCAACCCUCAAAUCUUCAUGAACGGUGCUUUGGAAUACAUCAACCAAUACAAGCAUUUGGGUAACGAUGUCGAACAAUUGCACAUGAUUGCACACAAGAACCACAGAGCUUCCACCUUGAACCCAUACUCUCAAUUCCAAGACCUAUACACUUUGGACCAAGUAAAGACUGCCCGUACCAUCUACGGACCAGCCACUCUUCUCCACUGUUCACCAACCUCUGAUGGUGCUGCCUGUGCCAUCGUUGCCAGCGAAGAAUUCGUCAAGAAGCACCACUUGGAACCCCAAGCCAUUGAAAUCGUUGCUCAAACCAUGGCUACCGACUCCAACCUCCACUUUGCCGUUAACGGAAAGCCAAAGAGUGCUAUUGAAAUUGCUGGUGCUGACAUGACCAGACGCGCUGCCGCCGACGCAUACAAGAUUGCCAAGAUCACAUCUGAGCAAGUCGAUGUCUGUGAAUUGCACGACUGUUUCUCUGGAAACGAAUUGAUGAUGUACGACUGCUUACAACUAUGCAAGCCUGGACAUGCUGGUCCAUGGGUUGCAUCUGGUGCUGCUGCCCACCCCCGAUUCGUACCUGAAUCUAAAGUUGACCACCACAUCGUUGUCAACGGAUCUGGUGGAUUGAUCUCCAAGGGACACCCUCUCGGAGCCACUGGUUUGGCCCAAGCUUGUGAAUUGUCUUGGCAAUUACGAGGAUGGUGCGGUGAUCGUCAAGUCGCCAACCCACGAUACGCUCUCCAACACAACGUUGGUCUUGGAGGUGCCGUUGUUAUCGGCAUAUACAAGAAGGCCUUCCCUAACGCAUCCACUGUUGGAUGGACUGACCCACGUGUCCGAUUCGGAUACAACCCAGCUACAGAAGUUCGUGGUGUGACCAUGGACAUGAUUAAAAAAGUAACAUCCAAGGACGGUUCUUUAUUGACUGCACCAAAGGCCGCUGGUGGCGGAGCGAACGAUAAACGAACAAACCCAACCAUGAACACCAUCAAGGCGUUACAUCCUCUCGAUCCACUAACCCCCAAAGAACUAUCCACGAUCCAACAAAUAAUCAACUCCUUCACGGGUCUGUCAUCCAAGCAAUACACAUCCAAAGUCUACUCUGUAAUCCUCUGGGAACCCUCCAACGACAUAUACAAUAAAUGGCGCAUCGACUCAACCACGCCAAUCCCUCGUGAAGCAAUCGCUACUGUCGUCGCCAUCACAUCUGAUGGCACACGCACCACAAACGAGGUUAUCAUCCAGUUAUCGCCAAACACGAGCGUCAAGAGCUGGAAGGAGAUUCCCGGUGCUCAGCCGAACUAUGUGCCUGAAGAGUUUAUUGGCGCGACGUUGGCGUGUCGUGCUGAUCAGGGUAUUAUUGAUAAAUGUGCUAGCUAUGGAUUUGAUAUGAAAUCCAUAGUGGUUGAACCCUGGACUAUCGGCCCCUGGAAGGAGUUUGAAGGCAAACGUGUCAUGCAAGUCUUCUUUUACGCGCACGUGGAAGAUGAAGAUGACUGCCAAUAUGCUCACCCCCUCCCCAUGGCAGCCGUAGUAGAUUGUGCUACCUUCACAGUUAUCGACAUAUGCGGCUUCGGCCCCAAGGAAGAAGCGGCCCCCGUCCCCCUCGCUCCAAUCAACUACGCAUCCAAAUUCUCCAAAGAGUGGGGCGGAUUCACCAAGUCCUUGAAACCGAUUCAAAUCACACAGCCUGAGGGUGCAUCGUUCAAGUUGGACGGGUAUGGAAUCAAGUGGUAUAAUUAUAGUUUCAGGAUUGGGUAUGGACAUCGGGAGGGGAUUAUAUUGCAGGAUGUUAUGUGGGGUGAUAAGGCGCUGUUUAGGAGGAUUUGUGUUAAUGAGAUGGUUGUACCUUAUGGUGAUCCUCGAUGGCCCAACCCUCGUAAACACGCCUUUGACGCUGGUGAAGCUGGUCUCGGCAUCCUAUCAAACCCUCUUGAACUGGGGUGUGACUGCGUAGGAGACAUUACCUACCUUGACAUGCACUUUUCAAUGUCGGGAGAGAUCUAUACUAUUAAGAAUGGAAUAUGUAUUCAUGAAGAGGAAACUGGCAUUCUUUGGAAACACACUCAAGUAAACCGCAAAGUUGAAGUCCGUCGUAAUCGUCGUUUGGUCAUUAGUCAUAUUGCCACUCUUGCCAACUACGAGUACGCAUUCUACUGGUACUUCCACUUGGACGGUACUAUUCAACUUGAAGUUAAAGCUACCGGUAUCUUGUCUACUAUUGCUUCUAGUGAAGACGGUGUUCCCAAAUACGGCACCGCUAUUGCUAAAGGUGUAAAUGGAACCUUCCAUCAACAUCUCUUUGCUGCUCGUAUCGAUUUACCUGGUGAAAACACUGUGUCUGAGAUUGAUGUGGUUUCCAUUCCUCCUGGACCUGAGAAUCCGUGGGCAGCCACUAACUCCCUUCAAAUCACAACGAAAGGCAACGGCUUCACCACCAAAGAAACCAUCAUCACCUCCGAAAAGGACUCUGGCCGUGACGCGUCCCUACUCACCGACCGCGCAUGGAAGAUCGCAUACAACGGCCUCCCCAAAAACCCAUCCACAGACGCCGCACCAGCGUACAAACUAAUCCCAACCUCAGUGCACCCCUUGUAUGCACAGCCAGACUCGCUUGUAGCCACCCGAGCAUCAUACACGGCCCACCACCUAUGGGUGUCUCGCUACGACCGUGAGGAACGAUACGCUGCUGGCACGUUCAUUAAUUUACGAGAUACGGUUGAUGGCGUUGCCUUGUGGACAAAGCAGGAUCGUAGUUUGGUUAAUGAGGAUUUGGUGCUUUGGCAUACGUUUGGGCUGACGCAUAUUCCGAGGGAUGAGGAUUUCCCUGUUAUGCCUGUUGAAAUGUGUGGAUUCACAUUGAAGGCAUCUAAUUUCUUUUCAAAGAAUCCUACAUUGGAUAUUCCUCCUACUCCAUCAAAGCAUGGCGGUCACUCAUCAUGCUCAAACCAACGAUCAUCUGUUGGUGGGUUACGUGGAUUCUAA